AUGGAUUCAGUGGGACUAAAUGUGAUUGAAGCAGCAGCUCUUGGGAGACCCUUCCAGCUGGGCAUGCUGUAUGACUGCAGAAAAGAUGCUUUAAUACCAGGGGUCAGACUUUGGAAUAAAGAGCAGCUGCAGCAGAAUAUUUGCUCUCGUCCUCAAAUUAAUACUGAUUUCAAUGUCACAGCUUCAGACUCCAUUAAGGACAAAUCCAGAUUACUAAAUAUUGGCGGUGAAUUGAAACUGAGUUUUUUAGGUGAUCUCAUCCAUGUUAGUGGAGCAGCAAAGUAUCUCAAAGACACCAAGACGUCUUUCAAACAGCAGAGACUGACGCUACAUUAUCAUUCAACAAGCCGAUUUGAAGAACUGAUCACAAACCAUUUGUCUUCUGGAAGUAUUGCUGCUGAUGACAAUGAUAUAGGCACACAUGUAGUGACAGCAAUACUUUAUGGAGCAGAUGCAUGUUUUGUAUUUGACAGAGAAGUUUCCUCAGAUGAGGACAAAAAAACAGUAAAAGGAGAAGUAAAAGUGGCUCUUGAGAAACUACAAGGCAUUGCUUCUGUAGGUGCAAAUGCUGAAAUUAGUGUGAAUGAGAAUCAGAAAACUGCAGUCAAAAACUUCACAUGCACAUUUUAUGGCGACUUCCAGCUGCCGUCUAACCCGACCUCUUUUGAAGACGCAUUGAAGGUUUUUGCUGAUCUUCCAAAACUGCUGAAAGAAAACCAAGAGUUGGCGGUUCCUCUGAGAGUUUGGCUUUAUCCUCUGGACAAACUUCACUCAAGAGCUUCAAAACUUCAUAAAGACAUCAGCAUGGAUCUGAUCAUAGACACUGAAUCAGUGAUUGAGAGUUUAAAUACAGCUGAGAUGAAAUGCAGUGAUCUUCUAGAAGACUCUCCCGCUCUGACUGUUGCUGCAUUUCAUGAUAAAAUACUGCAAAUGAAGCAAAACUGCUACAGCUACAAGUUGAGACUGGUGAAGAAACUCGGCUCUCUGCUGCCAAACAUCCGUGGAGACGCGAUGAAGGAAACUGACCUGACUGAUCUUCUACAAGAACAUGAUGAAUCUCCAUUCAGAGGAAGAGAUCUUGCAGAAUGGCUGAAAGAGAGAGAAAGAGAGUCUGAGAUCAUUAAAAUACUCCUCAGACAGCUGAAGGAUUUUGGUGCACAGGUGGAAGUCAACAUAGACGCCAUCUUGAUGGAUCUGGAGGUCGGGAAUCUGGUGAGUUACACAUUCACAUCACUGGACUGCUCAGAUGUGCUGCUUCUUCAGCAGACUUCUUAUCUGAGUCCUUCAACACAAGGAGAAACUGAUGAGAAGGGCCCUGAUUCAAAGCAAAAGUCUUGGCUCACUGCUGAGAUCCAAAAGACCAUGAGGAGAAACUUGGAGAUAUUUAAGAACCUAAUUGAUUCAAAAGACCGUAAACCAGCCAGAUUUAUUGUGUCCUCAAAGGAAAUGGUGUAUAAUCCUGGUUCCUGCAUUCUGCUGUAUGAACAUGAAUGUGAAGAAGCUGUGUGCUUCACUCCUCCGUCCAAACCAGUCUGUCCGGUUACUGAAGAGCUCAAAGGUCAGAGUGUGGUUCUGAAGGUGGUUCCUCCAUCAUGUCCUGCUGCAGUGGAGCUCAGAUUACUGUAUAAAGUGAAGCAAGACACAGUCUGGAGAUCUGAAGCUGUGCUGAAGGAUCAAGACACAGUUACUCUGACUGAUCUGAGAGAAGAAACUGAGUAUGAGAUCAAAUGUGCAGCGCUGGGGAAACUCAACUACACCAGAGAGAGUGACAUGAUGAGAGUUACCACAGAGGUAUAA